CAACGUUAUCGUCGACUUGUCGCCGAUACAACAAAGCCGGGUAAAUUUUAGCGCAUUCUAAUCAUCGUUUUAUUUUGAGUUCAUCGGUAAAUCGAAGUAAAAGGAAGAAAGCGUGAUAUGGAUAUGUCAGAAAAUUUAAAGGAUGUCGAGCUGAAAGAGCAGGCUGUAAGGUUUUGUAGGGGCAUUAUAAGAGUAGCUCAGUUCGAGUUGGCACUUAAAAAUUAUGAGCAGUUAGAGGAAGCUAUUAAGGUUGCAGAAGCUAGAGAAGCAGAACUGGCAAAGGAAUUAGGAAGGUACAGAUAUGGGGACAAGUUUGAUGAAAGAGAAAUGUCAAUUUUUAGCAGAGAAUUCUCUCCAGCUAAGCAAAGUGUUGCCGAAUUCAAAUUUACGCUUAAUGAGUUUGAGUGCAUCGCAAGGGAGAUAAAAGAAUCGGAAGAAAAAGAUAAAAGAGAAAUACUUGAGGAAGACUUAAAGAAAGAAACAGAGAGAUAUUCUAUCGACAAAAAAGAAACAUACAAUGAGAUGAUAAAAACAACUUCAAAAGAUGUUAGUACCGAGGUAGCAGAUACGAGCGGUGUAAAAUCAGAAGACAAGGACGCAUGCAUUACGCCACCUGCAGAAACAGACGGAACUUCUGCUAUUGAAACAACAGAAUGCAAUGAGGCUAUAAAGACAGCUUUAGAUGAUGAUAAUGAGGCAGCCGAGAGGACCAAUUUAAAAACAAUAGAGGACCAGGACGCUCUCAUUAGAUCACAAGGUUUGAUGAUACCAAAAAGGCGUGGACAAAUAAUUGCAGUGAACCCCUUCAUUACGAGGAAUUUCAUCAGUUUCAAAUAUCGGGAAACAAUUCAGCCGAGUUUGUCACAAAAACUAAAUGAACAGAUUGGAAAGGGAGAGAAAACUAAAACCAAAAAAGAAACGAAAUUGGAGAAGAAAAGGGUAAAGGAAUCAGAAACUAUCUUUAAGAAAUACCUAAAGGUAGCCAAUAGGAGGAUGGAAAAAUACAAAAAGGAAAGCAGGAAACAGCUGGAGAAAGAAGAGAAGGAAACCAAAAAGAAACUGAGAAAGGAACAAAUGGAACGAGCAAGACUAGAAAGGAAAGAAACGAAAGACAGAAAGAAAUUAGAGAAAGAAAUGAAGAAGAAAGGUGAAACAAAAGAGAAAAACGACAGUAUAAACAUGCCGGUAGUUAUAGACCACAUGAACAUUACCAUGAAGGAGAGUGAUGUUGAUUUUAAAGAUGAUGGAAAAGGAAAUCUGAACAAUGAAGAAAAGAAAAACAUUAUUGGAAAAAGAAUAGAGGAUUUCUUCAGAUCUUUGAUAUGUGCAAAGAAGUGAAUGGACAUUUAAAAAUUUGUUAUUUUAAAUUUUAGUUAUAUGUCAGUUUUAUCUCAAUACAUUAUUCAGUUCAUUUUUCUCUCUCUCCAUAUA